CGCAGAGAUCGCCGGUACGGUACCUUCGACCCUACGCCGAUAGCACGAAGAUUUCCCGCGAAAACUUCUAACUAUGCAAUACGAAUGAAAUGUAGUGUAAGUCUUGUGGUUAAUGGUUAUGGGUUGUUUGAAAUUUAGACUUAGUUCAUGUGCAUAAAGAUGCUUUGUGACACGUUAUGGUUUGGUGUACGAACUUGCUUGUUACUGAUGGAAUGACCUAGAGGCCUUUGGAGGGAGGCGACACGGCGGAACACGUGAUAGCAUCUGACCGCAUCUCCAACCUCCAAGUGAAAUAUGCUUGCGACAACAUGCACCCGAUAUUGGAAUACUGGAAUACAAUGCCUGCCAAGAACGUAAUCUCGAAAUGGCUUCGGGCGAAACAGGGGAAACAUAAACACUCACCAUGGCGCUAGCGAGCAAAUAACCACUGGAAAAAUAUGAACGCCACCGAACCCGAUAUAGUAGUGGCAAGAGGCCAACUGGACACGUACAGGGGGCCCGAAUAUACGCUUGACUCCACAGUUAUCGCCUAUAAUGCCAUCGACUUCAACUUCACCUUCAAUAACUCUUCUGCCUACAACAUAUCCAAUCCCGGCGACCUCUGGAACGAAUACAUAAAAUUGCUGCAAGACAGAGCACUCCUCGUGUCGUUCCUGCUUCUGUUCUCACUCACCACCGUGUUCGGCAACAUGCUCGUCAUCCUGGCCGUGGUACGGGAGCGAUAUCUACACACUUCCACCAAUUACUUCGUGACAUCUCUCGCGGUUGCGGACUGCCUUGUAGGGCUGGUAGUGAUGCCAUUUUCGGCUCUCUAUGAAGUUCUGGAGCACACAUGGUUUUUUGGUGUCGAUUGGUGUGAUGUGUGGAGAUCACUCGACGUGUUGUUUAGUACUGCCUCUAUAUUAAAUUUGUGCGUGAUCUCGUUGGACCGGUACUGGGCCAUCACGGACCCAAUAACGUAUCCCAUGCGGAUGAGUGGACGAAAAGCCGCGUUCCUUAUAGCGGCGGUGUGGGUGUGUUCUGGAGCGAUAUCGUUCCCUGCGAUCGCGUGGUGGCGCGCCGUACGAGUCGAAGAAGUGCCCGAUUACAAAUGUCCGUUUACGGAAAACUUAGAGUAUAUAAUAUUCUCGUCGACAAUAUCGUUUUAUUUGCCUCUAUUCGUAAUGGUGUUCACAUAUUAUCGUAUAUAUCGUGCGGCUACUAUCCAAACAAGGUCGCUUAAAAUUGGCACUAAGCAGGUAAUGAGGCCGAGCGGUGAGUUGGAACUGACGCUGCGGAUUCACAGAGGAGGGACGGUGCGGCAAAGGAACGACGCCUGCCAUGGUGUCUGUACUCCUGAAGAAGCAGACCAAGAGCCGUUGACAGCGUUACAGAACAACGGCCUGUCACGGUCGUCAACGCGUUUGACCAACGUGACGCACGGCAAACAUUUGCCCAAAAACUUUUCACUGUCACGAAAACUAGCCAAAUUUGCCAAAGAAAAGAAAGCAGCAAAAACUUUAGGCAUAGUGAUGGGUGUGUUCAUAGUGUGCUGGCUGCCAUUCUUCGUCGUUAACCUGCUGUCGGGGAUCUGCUCCGCGUGCAUAGCGCACGAGGAGAUCGUGAACGUCGUGGUCACGUGGCUCGGAUGGGUCAAUUCUUCCAUGAACCCCGUCAUCUACGCGUGUUGGAGCAGGGAUUUUAGAAGGGCAUUUCUUAGGAUAUUGUGCGUUUGCUGUCCGAGGAAACUGCGGAGGAAAUACCAACCGCAACUGCGUUUCAAACAAUCACAGUUGCGCACAACUCGACGAUAUUACUCAUCGAGCGAACUGAUGGGCAUACAACAAAUCAGACAAAAUUCCUGCGAACAAACUUACAUAUAGCGAAUCUACUUCACUUUAAUACGACGUUUCGAUAUAUCCUCCACAUUUCCAAGUGCCUUGACGAGGAAUUAUUUCACAUUAUAUCUUCCAAAACGUUUUUAAUUAUUUUACGUGAAAUUAGAAGUCAAAGUUCACGUCAUUUGAGGAAAUAUUAAAGUCUUAACAACUUUCAUUCAAUAGAUGUUUAUGGAUAUUGUCUUCAUCGAAUUUGUAAUCAGAGGCAGAAAGUACCCGGUGUCGACGAUGAUGUACUCGUCGGUGUCACAACAUGAAAUGUGUCGUUUGUGACAACAAGCGCGCGCGGGCACAUUCCGAGCCCCGCGCGCCAGAUGCUCCUGAUGCAGGGAUCGCCGCUCGCUGCGCGCGCGCCGCAGCGAGAGGCACGCGUGCUCCGACAACUACCGCAUGCGAACCCUCGAGCACACUUUCGACGAACCCAUCCCGUGCGUGGACACCAGACACUUGUGCUCAGACAGUGCGCCCUACUGCCAAGACUCCGAGUCAGUCAGUGAAGUGAGUUUAGAGAGCGAAA